AUGCGCAUGAUGCCAUGCCAGAGGGUAGCAAAUGCCUGGAAGGUUUCUUCUCUUCCUGUUCCUGUAGAGAACAUGGUCCUUCAAUAUGUGAAAGCAAAAGGAGAUUGGUGGACAAAUGUUGCUCAUUAUAAUUGCGAGCGUAUAAGAAGAGAACAUGGUUUUGCAAAGUUGUGCAAGAUAUCGGGUAAGGGACUCUUAAAAGGAAUAGUGAUCACUAGCAAUGACUUUUUCUUCUCUGAUCACGUUGAUUUUAUAAUCGCAUGGCAUUGGAACUUUGUACAACAUGGCUCACUUGGACAUGGAGCUUGUAAGUUACUUUGUACUAUGUUCCAUGUUUUUUUCAGGUUUGCGAUAUAUCUGCUAUUGAGAAAAGAACAGAAUUCAAAGGGCGUUUCUUGUGAAAUAUCUGUGCAGAUAAAGUGGCUUCGACACGAGGAUUAUCAUCAGUUCUUCUAUAAGUUCUUACCGCAAGACAGGGUUUGUGAGUUUGCAAAGUUAACUCCUGUGCAACUUUUGGAAGAGACCGAAAAGGCUGUUGGUGAUCCACAACUUCCAGAGCAACAUCGUACACUAAUUGAUAAAAGUCGUGCAUUGAAGCAUGUCGAGCUGUCUCUUGAGAAAAAUGAAGCAACUUUAAAUCAGUUGAAGGAACGUAAUGCUGAAUUAGAGAAGGAUGUUGAACGUGUUCGUCAAAGAGACGAACUUCUUGCCAAGGCCGAAUCAAUGAAAAAGAAAUUUCCAUAG